GUGAUAACAAGCAAUCAUGUGCAUCAUUUGAACUGACCAACAAUAAUUACCAACAUUUCACGCAAAAUUACCCUUUAUAUAAUAAUACCCUGUCCGACGAAUUGAUUGAAUAUAAUUCGAAUUCUAUUAGCGCUACUGCAAAACCAGGUUGUUACACAUUAACGCGCUGUGACCUAUCAAAACAGGGAUUAUCAAAUAUUGAUAUAUUAAGAUACCACAAAUAUAUUACGCAUUUAAAUCUAUCUAGAAAUUAUUUAACGGAUCUUGACGCACUUGGAUAUUUGCCAUUUCUAAAGUAUCUUGAUGUUUCUCAAAAUCUAUUAACUAAGUUACUGGAUUUUGAAACUCCUUUGACUAUUAAAUACAUGGACUAUUCUUAUAACUUGAUUGAAAGAAUUCCUAAUUUGAGUCACUGUUGGUCAUUGGAGCAUCUUAACAUCUCACAUAAUUUGAUUGCAAAUAUUUCUGGUCUUGAAAAUUUAAGUUUGGAGUUUUUGGAUUUAUCAUACAACUACAUUCGCUUUAUUGAUGGAUUAGUUUCAUUAAACAUGAACCACUUAUGUUUGGACCAUAACGAAAUCGAAACAACUAAUUAUACUUCAACAAAGAGCUCUCAUACUAUAUCAAGAUGCAAAAUACUUUCAAUAGCAUUUAACAAACUUGAAUCUCUAAAGCCUUUUGAAGAUAUGCACAAUUUAGAAAAAUUAAAUGUACACGAUAAUCAAAUUAGCAAGUUGUCGGAUCUAUUAUAUUUAUGCAAUAAAACUAAUUUAUAUUGUUUGGAUAUGCGCAAUAAUCCAAUACAAGAAAAUGUGAAAUAUAAAAAUACUGCAAUUUAUUAUGUGAAUAAACUGCAAUAUUUAGAUGGGAGAAAAAUUCAUUUUUACGAAAAAGGAACUGUCAAUUUUAACUUUUGCAACAGCAAGGAAGUCACUGCCAGACAUUAUAAUUCAAUGCAGAACGUGUUAUAUAAUAUGGCUACCCCGUCAAUUGAAGAUGAAACAACUAUCUUUGAAAAAAAGCAACUAAUAAUUGUUCUUGUGGGGUCAACGUCGGCAAGAACCCAACACCUGGCAGUAAACAUAAAAAACAAUUAUCCCAAAAACAAAGUUAAGUUGGGAUUGGUCACCACCACUCGACCGCAGUGUAGCCAUGAAAUAGAUGGUGCGGAUUAUUAUUUCGUGUCCAGAAUAAAGUUUAAGCAAGAUUUAGAGAAAGGCAACUUUAUUACUUGCGUGAAAGAGUAUGGUCAGUAUUUUGGUAUCAGUAAAGAUGAGCUGCACGACACUAAUAACACCCACGCUAUAAUAUUUGCCGUGGAUUUAAAUAGUGGUCUACAAUUAAAAAACAGAUUUCAAGAUUCUAAACUAAUUUUUGCCAUGCCGAAAUCCAAGGAAACCCACCGAUCUUGGUUAAUUCAAGAUUUUCACACCAAUGCGUGGAUUUCAACUUAUAUUCAAGCGUAUAGUAUCGUAUUUCAAGGAAUUGGUCUUGAUGCAUUAAAUGACCAGUUUAAAGAUCAGAAAAUGUGCUCGGCGAUAUUAGAAGAAAUCGUCGACUAUGUUGAAAAGAUGCAUGAAAGAAAGAGUCGUGAAACCGAUGAAAUGUCACAGAAUACAAAAUCAAUUUCGUAUGGGAGCAUGAUGUCACCAAACCUGAUUGCAUCAGACUCUAAGAUUGCUAGUAUAUCAUCAAAUUUCUUCCUGGUAGACUUGAUUAGUGUUCAAAUUUGUACUUAGUUACUAAGACAAUUUAUUUUAUUUAUUUCCUCAUAUUUUUAUUUUCAGCCGUCCGUUUUAUUUUGCUCACAAAAACUUGUAGAGAAUCGUAAUUAUAUUGAUGAUAAUCAUACAUCAUCUCCUAAGGUUGAAAGUCAAAAUCAAUCUAAAUCAAACCAAAAAAAUUCGGAUGAUUCACUUAAUAAAUUUAUAAAAUAUCAACCAACUUCCUGGUUGAACGCACCUUCGGACGAUGGAAGCUUCAAUACCGUAUGCGGCAGCUAUACUACUGAUGGCAUAUCAUUACGUUUAAGGCGUGAAAUGUCGUCGAAUAUUAACUCGGUAAGCGAUGAAGAGUAUACUGAUUCAAAUUCGUCAGUCGAGUUUACGUUAAACUCCACGGAUGAUUCACUCCAGAGCGAUGAAACACUCGUAGCUGAUAACAAAUCUACUUUGCCCAAGUCAGACUUAAAAGUUCAACCAAAAUGCUUGAAUUUGUUUAUAGAAGAUCAAUUAAAAUUACGUGAUAUUUACAUGGAAACAUUUGUUAACAACCCCGGACUGCAUUAUUAUCAGGUGUUUACUGAUGAAAUUGAAGAAGCGACUAAGCAUGUGUGCAAUGUAAUUAACCAGUGUUUGCAUAGCAGUUCAAAGAAAAAUGAAGAAUGGAAAAAGAAACUCGAUAAUCUUAAGUAUGACGAGAUGGUACUUGCAAGAGAGAAAUAUAUAUUUCGUGUGAGUUCUUAAAUUUUCUGGGAAUAAAUCAAAGAAGAAAAUCUAAAAAAUAGAAUUCAAGAAUGAAUUUACAUUAUUUUACAUCGCGCUGAAUUGGAAACAGCUAGAAUUCGAUUUUUUUUAGGUUGUAUUCAAAUCCUUUGUUCAAUAAUUAUUAAACACUCGAAAUCAAAAACUUUUCACCUUUUCACAUUUUUAACUUUUAAAAUUUCAAUCAUUUAUUACUUUCAACAUCAAAUAAAUUGAAUCUAAACUUGUA